UCAUGUGACACCGGCUCUGAGUACUUUUUACGUCACUCAGCUGCCCUCACUGCCCGUAGUCGCCGGGUGAUGACGUGUGCAAAAUAUGGCGAAGCAGAAGCAUGAGGAAUAUUAACAGAGUGUAUUACUUAACAAAUCUUCUAAACCGCUAUGGAUUUGCUGCCCUCAAUAGAGUAACCCCUAAAACUAGUGCAUGGACUGCGUCUUUAUUUUCCUUCAAUACAUUCCCGAGAAGUACUUUCUCCACCAUGGCCCAGGCUCAAGAUGCUAGUGGUGAACCUGGACUGUUCUCUCCUAAUCCUAAAGUGAAGGGAAUGAUUACACUAGACCGAGAUGCCUUCACCAAAACCAUACAAGUUCCUGUCAUCAAAGUGAAGAAGGAAGUCAUCCAUAUUGUCAUGAAAAACCUUAAAAACAGACUGAUAAAGAGGCCCAAGCUAAACCGAAUAAUUGAUGACCCCAAUGAUGAGGACCAUAAAAAGAUUGUACUGGACCCAUACACUAUCACAUCAGAAGAUGCGUUUGAUGAGCGGGACCGUGAGAUCUUUAAGAUGUUAAUGAUAAGCCCUCAGAUUUUUCAGGCUGAUUUAGAAGUGACUUACGACAACUUUAAGACUGACGAGAUCUUGAAGGCAAUUUUACCCAAAGAUCAGGAUGUGACGACUAGCUUCAGCCGGAUAGGACACAUUGCUCACAUGAAUCUCCGGGAUCACCAACUUCCUUAUAAGAAUUUGAUUGGACAAGUAAUAAUGGAUAAAAACCCCGGCGUCACCUCUGUUGUUAAUAAAAUCAACGUGAUUGACUCAACAUAUAGAAACUUUCAGAUGGAAGUUUUGGCUGGCGAGGAAAACAUGGUGACAAAGGUGAAAGAAAAUGGUAUCACAUAUGAAUUUGAUUUUUCCAAAGUCUACUGGAACCCAAGGCUUGGGACAGAGCAUGAUAGAAUUACUGGACACUUAAAGAGCGGAGAUUUGGUGUUUGAUGUGUUUGCAGGUGUAGGGCCCUUUGCUAUCCCUGCUGCUAAAAAAAACUGCGUUGUCUACGCCAAUGACUUGAACCCAGAGUCCCAUAAAUGGCUGCUACAUAACUGCAAACUGAAUAAAGUGGACGAGAAAGUGCAUGCGUUCAAUGUUGAUGGGCGAGAGUUUAUCAAGACUGUUAUAAAGGAAAAACUAUCAGAAUAUAUCAAGUCCUUCACCACAGAGAGGAAAAACCAUCUCCACAUUGUCAUGAACCUGCCAGGUAUGGCUGUGGAAUUUCUUGAUGCCUUCAGACACCUUCUAGACAUGGAGCAUUGCAGCGAUGCCAUCCUGCCAACUGUACAUUGCUAUGGCUUCUCCAAAGAUGACAACACAGAAAAGGACAUUAAGGAGAGGGCAGAGGAGUAUUUAGGAGCCGUGUUAGAAGGCUGCUCAGUUCGUCUUGUGAGGAACGUCGCCCCCAAUAAGGAGAUGAUGUGUAUAAGCUUUAAGCUGCCAGCGAGGGCACUUUUUGCAGACCAAUUAGAUUCUGCCGGUGAGCCUGCGAUGAAGCGAAUUCGCAAAGAUGAAGAAAGCGGCACAGAAAAUGAAUCAACACAGUAGUUGGGUUACCCGCUUUUAAUUUUUGUUUUCUGCAUACACUGAAAUAUUCAUGUGUAUUGUUCCAUUUUAAUAAAGAAUGAAAAACUAUAAAA